AUGUUUCAAGCACAAGCACAAUCCUUGAGUACUCAGUUAACACAAGCAAUGAUUAAUGAUUUUACCUUAUCAUUUUCAACAAUAAGAAAAACAACUCAAAGUAACGCUUUACUCUCUGGUCAACUAACUAAUUAUUAUCUUUAUACAUUGCGUGGUAAUACCUAUACAAGUGUAACUCCAUAUUCAUAUGGCAAUUGUAGCUGUGGAUCUACAUAUACAUGCAAAUCUCAGUCUAGCAUUGUGAACUAUUCUAACAAUAGAGUAUAUUUGUAUGUACCAGGUAUUUAUAUUGGAUGUUAUAUAAUUGAAGCAUUACUUCAGUCGGAUCUUCGAUGUUUUUAUAAUCAGAGUUGUAUAGAUAGCUUACAACCAUUUUUAGCAUUAUCUACACGGAUGAAUAUAUCAGCACUUGAUAGAUCAUUGUUAGUUCGAUUCGUGGAAAACUCAACAAUUCAAGAAAUGGUGGAUGAAUUAAUGAUUGAAACAUGGAACUCAUCAAUAAUGUAUGAAAACUAUUAUAAUGAAUGUCAACCAUCCGAAUGUAGUUAUACCGUUGAGACAAAGAACGAUGCGAUAUAUAUUAUUACGACAUUAAUUGGACUUGUCGGUGGUCUGAUAACAGUUUUGAAACUGAUUGUGCCAAGAAUGGUCAAACUUAUUGCGUUUUGCAUUCGACGACAUAGAAUGAGACAAAAUGCAGUAAUACCGAUCGGUUAA